AUGAUGACAAUGGAAUGGCUGCCCCACGACGUGGUAGAGGCCGAAAUCUUGGGGAGACUUCCGGUGAGAUCUCUGAUGAGAUUCAAGUGUGUAUCGAAGCAAUGGAAAUCAACGAUCGAAUCAAGAAGCUUCCAAGAGAGGCAGUUGAAGCAUCAGCAGUCAGGAGGAGGAAGAGAUCCAGAUGUUCUCAUGGUGUCCGCAAGUGCUGACGAAUCUCUAAGAACACUGGUAUUGGGUUCAUCCUCAUCGGUCAAGAUCCCUACUCCUUGGGACAAGGAGAAAGCAACAACAUCCUACUUGGUGUCCAAUAACAGCUGUGACGGUCUCGUUUGUCUCUACCAUCCCUUCAAAUCAGGUUAUGUUGUCAACCCCGCCACAAGAUGGCAUCGUCCUCUCCCUCUAUGCCAACUUCAACAACUCAUGGUCACACAAGGAAAGGCUUACUUAGAGAAGGACCACGGAAUCUUUAAGCCUGGAUUCGGCAAAGACAUAAUAUCAUCUACUUACAAGCCUGUUUGGCUAUACAACUCUUCAGAAAUAGGCCUUGACAAUGCUACCACGUGCGAAGUUUUCGACUUUAGCACCAAUGCUUGGAGGUAUGUGACUCCCUCUGCUCCGUAUCGUGUUGUUGGGAUCGCCGAUUCCGUGUUUGUUGAUGGUUCACUUCAUUGGUUCACUGAUUGCGAGGAGGAGACCAAGAUUUUAGCUUUUGAUCUUCACACGGAAGCUUUUCAAGUCAUCUCUUGUAAAGCUCCCUUUCCCGCCAAUUCACAUCCUUACGCCAUCGUCUUGUGCAACCUCGACAAUUGUUUGUGCGUGUCACACAUGAAGUGGCCUGACCAAGUUAUAUGGUCCUUUAAUUCAGGCAACAAGACGUGGGAUAAACUUUACUCCAUCGAUCUGGUUAUGACUUCUAUGUUAUAUAAUUCCCCAAAACUAUGCGCCUUCCGUCCACUAGCACUUUUGAAUGCAAAGAAGAAGAAGAAGAAGAAGGAUAAUAAGAUGAUACUGAAGAAAGAUAAGAUGAUGAAGAAGCAGAAAAAGAAGAAGAAUUUGCUGUUUUACGACAGUAUGAGAAGUCGAUAUCUGAUGAUACAUGACCCCGAAACCGAUCCAGACGAUUUUACUUUCGAGGCUGAAUGCAUGGGAUUUCUUGUUUGUUAUUUCCAGACUUUAAUCUCUAUUUGAUUUGUCUUGAAUAAUGCCAUAAUAUGUGUAACCCUCCCUUUCUUUUCGAAUUGAUAUCUUAGAACUUGCCAGGUAUUUGCUUUCAAAAAUUUUCAUCUUUUAUGUUAUUGUAAUGUUUGAUGUUUUUUUGUUUAAAGACAGCUGCCAAAAAGUGUGUGUUGGAAUGUGUUUCUGAGAAGAAGAAUGAUGUAAAGACACGAUCAAUUCGGCAUUAUAUUUUAUCUUGUUUAAG